UGCGCACUUUAAAACGCGCGCACUCGGACCUUUUCUUGUCCUAAACUAAUCCUUUUCUCAUUAGUUCUGAUCUGAUCUGUCUGUCGGCAGAUUGCAGCCAUGCGAGUCCCUAUUUAACCCAGACUGACCGUCACCAGCAGAAGGAAGAUGGACAGAGAAGAUAAAGUAAUACCGUCGCAUCCCUGACAUAGGUGUUGGUGAGAUCACACGAUCAUCACGAUGGCUCUCACCAGCACCACUAUAACAUCAUGGAAGCUGCAGGAGAUUGUGGCUCACUCCAGCAAUGUGUCUUCACUGGUGUUGGGGAAAUCGUCUGGUCGUUUGCUGGCCACUGGCGGAGAGGACUGCAGAGUCAAUAUCUGGGCUGUCAGCAAACCAAACUGCAUUAUGAGUCUGACAGGCCACACCAGCCCUGUGGAGUGUAUCCAGUUCAACAGUUCUGAAGAGCGUGUGGUGGCCGGUUCGCAGUCCGGCUCUCUCCGGCUUUGGGAUUUGGAGGCUGCUAAAAGUAAGUGGUUUGUGCUGCAGAUUUGCACUUUGGUUAACAUAAAAUCUACAAUAAGAAACAAGGUGAUUCUCUUAAAACCAGGUCACACUCAGGCUGUGCGCUGUCUAGCCUUCAGUCCUGAUGGGAAAUGGCUUGCUUCAGCCAGUGAUGACAGCACAGUAAAGCUGUGGGAUCUGAUAGCAGGCAAGAUGAUCACUGAAUUCACAUCACACACAUCAGCAGUCAAUGCUGUGCAAUUCCACCCCAAUGAGUACCUGCUCGCCACUGGGAGUGCAGAUCGGACUGUUAAGCUGUGGGACCUGGAGAAAUUCAACAUGAUUGGCUCGUCAGAGGGCGAGACGGGAGUUGUGAGGAGUAUAUUGUUUAAUCCUGAUGGUAGCUGCUUGUACAGCGGCUCUGAGAACACACUACGAGUGUAUGGCUGGGAGCCUGACCGCUGCUUUGAUGUAGUGCAUGUAGGCUGGGGCAAAGUAUCUGACCUGGCCAUUAGCAACAACCAAAUGAUUGCGGUGUCCUACAGUCAAAAUAAUGUGAACUGGUACAUUGUUGAUCUCAAUCGAGUGAAGAAGUCAGGAUCUGUGAUCCAAGGGCUGAUUGAGGACAAGCCGAUCCCAGCUCCCACAUCUGCAAUGGGAACAACACUAAGGCGGAAUUACGAGCGACCCACUACAUCCUGCACUGGACAGGAGAUGAAGCAGAGUUCUGAGGCCGAUCGCCGGAGUCCAGAAGGAGAGAGGAGAAGUCCCAGCAGUGAGGAUGAGAAAGAAGACAAAGAGAGCAGUGCAGAAAUCACCAACCCAGAAGAUUAUAAAGAGAUCUUUCAGCCGCACAGUGUCAUCUCACGUACUCCACCCAAAGGAACUGAACCCUUCCCAGCUCCCCUAGACCACUCUUUCUCAGAGAGUGUACUAGAGAAACCUGGCCCGGCAGUUAAGAUUGCAACUCCAGUAAUAGACAGGGCAGGACAGUUGAAAGGUCCCAUUACCUUCUCUACUCCAGUACAAAGAGUUGAACCAACUGUGAUUGCUGCUUUUCCCCGUCCAGUAGCUGUGGUGACCACAUCAGUGACCUCUCCCUCUCGUCCUGUGGUUACGGCCACCAAACCUAAACCUUCUACAGGAAUCAUCCUCUCGACACGUAACGAGCCAGUUGGCCUCACUGCAGGGGACUUCCUUUCUCAUGCACGAAACGCCAAAGCCGGUGUGAUGGGAGAUGAUGAGGCAUUAGCACAGAUCCGGAAAGGCCAUGACACCAUGUGCGUAAUGCUGACCAGUCGAUAUAAAAACCUGGACACAGUACGCUCCGUCUGGGCCAGUGGAGAUGUCAAGACUUCGCUGGAUUCGGCUGUAUCUAUGAAUGAUCUUUCUAUUGUGGUGGACAUCCUUAACAUAAUCAACCUCAAACCAUCACUGUGGAAAUUGGACCUCUGCACAUCCAUCUUGCCACAGAUUGAGGAAUUGCUGCAGAGCAAAUAUGAAAGUUAUGUACAGACUGGUUGUAUGGCUUUAAAACUGAUUCUGAAGCGUUUCUGGCCAUUAAUCUCAGACACGUUGACUGCUCCUCCAUCAGUAGGAGUGGACAUUACUCGAGAGGAGAGGCAUCAGAAAUGUAAAGCAUGCUAUAAGCAGCUGAAGAACCUCAGUAAUGUAGUGAAGAACCGGGCAGAGCAGGUUGGUCGUCAUGGCAGCACUUUCAAAGAGCUACAACUACUUAUGGCCCCAUUGGACUACUGAGACACACACACACUCGCGCGCGCGCGCGCGCACACACACACACUCCUCAAUCUCCAAACGCGAAGCUCAGUCAAAGAGUCCAUAAUGAGGCAAAGUACUGAGCUUCAUGACUGAACCUGAGUGGACUUUUCACUUCGCACUUAAAUGUGUGCUCACACAAGCACACUUUGGAGUGAAGUAUUUAUGUAGGCUUCAGGUGGUUAUUUUCCUAGUGGCUAAAUUAGGAUUUCUGUUUUCAUUUCUUUGAAAUGCACUACUUGUUUUUUGUAAACACUUGUCAACAAUAAAGGAGAACUUUCAUAUGAAAGAAAUUCCCAAAAAUA